AGACCAUCUAGACACAACCCCAGCCCUGCCACCUGAUACCUGGGGGCAGUCACGUUAUACGUUUCCAGUCUCCUCAUGCAGAAAGCGGGGACAAUAAUACUGCUUAACUUAAUGGGUUAUGUGGAUUAUAUGAUAAAACAUACUGAGCUUUUAAACAAGUCUGUCACAGUAUCGUACAAUAAAAGUAUCAUUAGUGUUACAUAACCUGCAUUAGAUAAUAGGGGCUCUUACUUCAUACAAUUGAUAUCUUUUCCUGAGUUCUAGGAAUAAUGUAUUGAGUAAAAGAAUUCAUACAUUAAAUACAACAUUGCAACAUGCUAUGUUUUCAAAUCCUGGGGAGAAUUCGUUUUCUAUGAAAAUGAUUUGGUAUGAGUCUCUUAUAACUGAAGUUGUCUAGUAUAUGUGAACUUUCCUAAGGAGGAAUAAUUUAUGAUUCUGAGUAAUUACUUUUGUAUUAUUUUCAAGCAUUCGUGUGCAAAACCAUCAUUUCUGGCACUUCUUAAAAAGUAGAUUUUCAGCUGGAAUCCCACAGAGCCUGCUCAUCUGGAAUGGACCAGGAAAUUCGCACUUGAGUCCUCUUCCCUAAACCCCUCCCCGACUGCCUACGAGGCAGGCAGUUCAUAAAACCAGCCUAAGAAAUACUGUCAUCUAUACAGGAUCAUGGUGGGCUGUAACAAUCAGCACAUGAAUAUAACUCAGGGGAAAAAAAUACUUUUCUCUUUGUGGGUUUACGUCUCUUCCUGACACAAAUCACAUAUAAACCUUUCCUUGUUCACAAUGACUGCUUUAAAUAUGGCUUAUGAACUCGAUAUGACUUUAAAUGGAUCCUUUAUAGGUGGGAAUCAUAUUUUAGUACACACACAACACACACAGCCACACAUCUUGUAUUUCAAAAGAUAUGCACAGUGAAGUUAAACUGACUGAACAAGCAAUAAUGGUAGUUCAUCUGGCAAGACGGGCAGCCAUGGCUGACAGAGCUGUCAUCCUGGCAGGCUGCUGGCCAGGAUCCGAGCUCCCACACAUUUAUCCCUGUCUGAUGUGUAAGCUAAUAGCAUUCUGGACCUACAUCCUGCCCCUUCCCCAGCCAGCUCUCUUCCCCUCCCCCCAGCAGCAUCUUUGAACAAGAAACUGUAACUGAAUCUGUCCAUGUGCAGCUGAACAAGAGUCCUCUGUAAUCCUGCUGUGUUUGAAAACUCGCAUGGCUGUUACGCUGCUACUGUCAGGACUCGAGCUUAGAUCCUCAAGUGACACAUGUAAAGUGUUCAGACUGCACUGGCAGCGGGAGAGGGAUUCACUGGCGUAGAUGCUGUGUGCAGCAGGGGAGGGAUGCCUCGCUGUGCUUUUCUGUGUUAAAGCGAGAUAUAGCAAAUACACCUUCAUUUCAUCACUGACAGAAGUCAAUCGCAGCAAAGAAAAACAAGCAGACACACAUUCUCAGUUACAGUGACCUUUACAAAAAGAUCCUUUUAAAUGUUAGCUUCCUUCAAACACUUUGCCACUUGGCAGUAAACAGUAGACUGUAGCAAGUGAACAUAGAAGAAACAGCUCCGUGAGCCCAGCUAACAGAGUACAUCCCCCACACAGGCAACACCUUCAACUUAGUUAGCUGGCAACAAAUGUAAGGCACGGAAGAUGGAGGGAAAGAAAGCUGUGUGGUCAUACAGACGCAGUGCUCGGGUUCAAGGCACCGAGGCUAGCACCAGCUUCGAGCCCUCCAGAGCACAGAAGUAAGGGCAGCAUGGCAGUGCACUUCCUCCUCACCUGGCACGUUUGUUCAACUGAAUAUAAACCACUUACAGUGAAAAAGCAGUCUCUACGUAGCACAGCCAUGGGCGAGCACAAUGAGCUUCAAUUAACUCCAUUUAAAUAAACCUGAAAACCCAGAUGGACGACUGUCUAAGAAAUAUAUCAAUUAUGAAGGCUCCUGGGAACAGUCAUAAACGCUAGACAGACUUAGACAGGAGACAAUGGGAAAGGCAGGGGGUGGUGGGUAAAGACAUUACUCUCCACCUUGCCCUCCACAGAGGCAACACAUUUUAUAAAUUUUAUAAGAUAGUUAUGUAUUUACAAAAUAGCUAAGUUUUAAGUUAAUCUUUCUUUCUUUUUUUCCUUUUUCUUUUUUUAAAGAAGCCAGCCUAACAACUAGAUAACAAACUACAGAAGGUUCUAUCAAAAUUUGUCACAUGUAGAUCUAGGUAGGAAAAUCAUGUGAUCACUUCCAUAGAGAUAAAGGAAUUUAAAAAAUGAUUUAAGGGGCCAGUGAGAUAGUAGAAGCACUAGCCUGACAACCUGAGUCCAAUUGCUAGAAUCCAGAGUAGAAGAAGAAAAUCUACUCUCAAAAGCUGUCCUUAAAUUCUUGUAUGUAUAUUUUAUAUGUUAUGGAGAUAUAGCAUAAGAGUAAACAAUAUAAAAUUGCUGGCUGACUUUCCUCACAUACAGAACAGGAAAAUUCACAUAUUAUACUAGACUCCUGUUAACAGUUCAAAGGGAGAAAAGGAUGUUCAAAGCCACAGACACAAUUUAGUAUUGUUUUGGAAAUAAUCAAGGUAAUCAGGUAAGAAGAAAAAACAGUAGAUAUAAAAAUUGGAAAUUUAGUUUUAUAUGCAGAGAGCCCAGAAAUUUGUAUAAAAAUUAUUUAAUAAAAAUACAAUGAGUAGCUGAACACCAAGAUACACAAAUAGCACUCUAUAUGCAAGCAUGUUCAUAUAGAAAGGAAUUAUAAAUCCAGUAGAAGAUUCUACUUACAACAGCACAAAAAGAGAGAGUAGGAAUAAACGCUGAUGAGGUAAGGCACUGGUAUAUCGGAGAGGCUGACUAAAAGUUCCUUUGGAGGAAAACCUGGUAUAAUCCAAACAUAUUUGAAAUCCAUAGCAACUCUAUUCCUAGAAUUUUUAUAUAGUAGGCAAAUACAGAUCCCAAAGGCACUAAUUCAGUAUUGUUUAUGCGAGUUAGAGUGAAGACAACAUAACUACCAUUUAAGAGGGCAUUGUUUUAGAAAAACAGAACAUAACUAUGUAAUACAUGGGAAUUAAAUAUAAAGUAAAAAAAAUGGGCUGAACAUACAAUGGGUAGAGACCUAGCCCAUUCUCUAAAUAAAUUCUAAAUAAAAAACAAUAUGUUAGCCAUGCUAUAUGACUGUGUUUAUAUAUUUUUAGAUUUGUUUAUCAUGUGUGUGUAUGUGUGUGUGCACUCAUGCAUGCCUGUCAUAACACACAUGUACCUAUCAGAUGACAACAUUUGGGAGUCAGUUCUCUCCUCCCACCAUCUGGGUCCCACAGACUGACGAGUUGUCAGGCUUGGCAACAAGUGCUUUACCUGCUGGCCCACUGCCUAUCCCUAUCUCUGUGCUUUUAAAUGAUGUAAGAAUCUAUACACAUACCAGAGAAAUGAACAGUGGGCAUUGAGCCUUUUGGAAAAUGCAAUUAGUAUGGGAGAGCUCAUAAUUUACACAUGAGCUCUUUUUAGGAGCAUAAACAUCACAGCAUUAGUUAGUAUCUCUCAACAGGAGAAUGAGGGCCUGGAGUCUCCCAGCUAGUACUCAUGGACUCCCCACACAUACAAUGAAUGUACUGCUUAAAAACUCAAACAAAAAUUACAUAAUGAAUUGAAGUUGGCCCUUUAGCAAAAAUAUUGUUAUCAGAUACUAGAGCUGUAACAGAGGAUUUCUGGGGCCAAGUUCCUGCUCCAGGUUGUAGCAAUGAGCUGCUUUCCAGCAGGCCCCAAAAGUAGACUUCUAGAACUUUAUUUUCUUCAGUGAUAGGUUAGGCCUUUGACAUCUUCCCAAGGAUUACAUUAAUAUGGUAGAUUUUACUAACAUCUAACAACAGUUAACAAGAGGUAUGACAUCGGCAUUUUGGAGACAUUUCAAUGAUUUACUUUCGUGUAUAAACACACACAUUUGGGCCAUCAAAACGGUGCUCAUUGUGUUCAGCAUACUGUAGACUGUAUCUCUGCUUUCUUUUCUUUCCUCAAUCGGUGGCUUUUUCUGAACAAGGUUUCUUAUAGCAAGAACAGACAACUAAGUACUUCAUGACAAAUAGAAGAGUCAACACAUGAUGCAGAGAUUCACCUCAUUGUCAAUGAUGAUUAACUUACAAAUGUGUGCUACUCAGCUGAAGUGGAGCAUCAGAAAGUGGGGAAGCACUCUAAAGAGUAAGGGUGCAGGCUACACUGUUGAAAGAGGACAAUAACUACUUCCCCUGAAGGACCUUCUACUGGCCAAAGCUGGGACAAGACGAACAACAAACCACAUGACAAUAGCCUCAGAGAAUGAAAUAAGCAUUUUAGAGUCCCUACUAAUAUUGAAUAAAAACUCUGAAAACAAAAACAUAGGAGAAGGAACAAAUUUCUUUAGGAGACUGCAACAAUACAUACGGAAACCAAGAAAGAAAGAAAUCCACUGUGAGACAACCACCACAGUAAUGGCUGCCAUAGGCAAAACUACUGUGGACAAAACCCAAGCGGGAAGUAUGAGGAAGAACGGACGCCCUCCCCAAGAUAUGUGUUGAUCUGAAACAGAGAUAAGAACUUCAUAAGGGGACACUUACAUCCGGCGACUAAAGUCAGCAUCAUCGCUAAUAAGGCAUACUGGCAUCAUGAAACCCUCGACAGGACACACACAUAUGGCUUUAACUUCAUUCUUGUAUUUCUACCCAAUAUGCCCAAUUUCAUUACAAUCACGAGAAAAUACUACACAAACACAAAUUGAAAACUGACAGAAUCAAUGACCACUAUUCAUUAAAGACACCAGGAUGAUAAAAAGUAAAAAUUACUGAGAGAGAAAAACAAUGGAACACAGCAUAGGCUUCUGGGAUAGAGAAAGGACAUGAGAAGAAAACCUGAUCAAGACCAAGGAAUGGGGGCCUUACUUGCAGAACUUAGUCCAGGGAGCAGCUAUGGUUAAGAUGUCAUCAUCCCCUUGCACCCUUCCUGAAGGUGAGUCCCAGAACAAUCUAGAUAGAAGACGAACUAUAUUCACUCGGAAACAACUGGACACACUGAAGAAAGUCUAUGAGGCAAGCCCAUAUCCAAACCCCAAGCUCAUAAAAGAGCUUGCCUUGCAAAUGGACUUGAAUCCCAAAGUUCUGAAGAUUUGGUUCAAGAACCAACGAGCAAAACGCAAGAGAGUCAAAUGUGACACUCAGCAGAAACAAGUACACCAGCAGUCACCCCAAGUUCAAGAGCAACACCAGCAGUCACCCCAAGUCCAAGAGCAACACCAGCAGUCACCCCAAGUCCAAGAGCAUCACCAGCAGUCACCCCAAGUCCAAGAGCAUCAGCAGCAGUCACCCCAAGUCCAAGAGCAUCAGCAGCAGUCACCCCAAGUCCAAGAGCAAUACCAGCAGUUACUUCAGUUCCAACUUCAGCCAUUACUUCAGUUUCAAAGUCAGCAGUCACCUCACACCCAAAAUCAGCAGUCACCUCAAGUUCAACACCAGCCAUCACCUCUAGUCUCGCUUCAGUUAUCUCAAGUACAAAUUCAGCAGUCAUCUCAACUCCAACAUCAACCAUCACCUCAUGUUCAAUACCAGCAGUUAGCUCAAGUUCAACACCAGCCAUUACCUCUAGUCCCGCUUCAGUUAUCUCAAGUACAAAUUCUACAGUCAUCUCAACUCCAACACCAGCAGUCACCUCAAGUACAACACCAGCUGGCACCUCUAGUCCUUCAGUUACCUCAAGUUCAACAUCAGGAGUUACCUCAAGUCCAGCACCUGCAGUCACCUCAAGUUCCACUUCAGUCACAUCAAGUCCAACAUCAACAAUCACCUCAAGUCCAACACCAGCAGUCAUCUCAAGUUCAACACCAGAAGUUACCUCUAACUCCACUUCUGUUAUCUCAAGUCCAGCACCAGCAGUCACCUCAAGUUCAACACCAGAAGUUACCUCUAACUCCACUUCUGUUGUCUCAAGUCCAGCACCAGCAGUCACCUCAAGUUCAACACCAGAAGUUACCUCUAACUCCACUUCUGUUAUCUCAAGUCCAGCACCUGCAGUCACCUCAAGUUCCACUUCAGUCACAUCAAGUCCAACAUCAACAAUCACCUCAAGCCCAAAUUCAUCAGUCACCUCAAAUCCAACACCAGCUGUCACCUCUUGUUCCACUUCAGUUAUCUCAAGUUCAACACCAACAGUCACCUCAAGUCCAGCAUCAGCAAUCACCUCAAGUUCAAUGCCAACAUUCACUUCAUAGUGGAGUCAAUGCCAGUCCAUCCCAGAGUAAGGACAAUAUACCACCAGGGGCCCCUACCAGCAUCCUGCCUGUGGCCCAAAUUUAUACCAACAAUGAGAUGCCCUCUUUCCAACUCAGUGUGUACCCUGACUUGAAAGACUACAAACAUCCCCCUGGGGGUCAUAAAAUAGUCCAUUUUGGUUGUUGCCAGGACCCUGCCAUAUACUGGCUUCAACCAAUCUUUUGGUCUCCCAAGUACCUCUCAUUCAAUCAUUUCGUCUCCUUACCCACAAAAACAGAAAAAGAAGCUAGAAACAAUAGUAACUCAUAGUUGACAUUUUUUUUUUUUUUUGAGACUGGAUCUUCCUAUGUAGUCUGGUUAGUGAUGGGGAAGCUCAACCAAUCUGGUUAGGGUGUGGCCACCUAGAGCCCAGGUAGAAAAACAGGGAGAGGUAGGUACGUGCUCUCUCUAUGCGGUGCUCGCCGAACCAUUUUGGAUUUCGGACCUCCCACUCUUGUAUCGUGAGUUCCCCCCUUUUUCAAUUAUUAAAUUAUAUCUGUUCUCAAAAAAAAAAAUAGACCAAGGAAUGUAUGCAACUUAGCCAUAGUACUGCUCCAAUGUUAACCUUGUGAUGAGAGGGGAAGAAGGGGAGAGAGAGACAGAGAGGGAGGGAGGAGCCUGAGAGAGUCUUUAAAUUAAAGCAAUAUAUUUAAAGGGAAUUCCUUUGGGGAUGUAAAAAUUUUAAAUCCAUUAUCUUUUGAUAGAUAACAAAAUAAUAUGGUAUUUAUAAGGGAUAUCAGAAGUAGAAUAAAUGGAAAUGAUAUCAAGAGGGAUACAGUCCUACAGCUUAUAAACUCAAGAUUUAUUAACAAAACAGGAACCACCAUGCAUCCACAUUUCACCUGUCAAAUGAUCCUUUAACACAGUUAGACAGAAAACUAUUUUUUUAAUUUUUUAAUUUUUUAUUAUUAUUUUGUUUUGUUUGAGACAGGGUUUCUCUGUUGUUUUGGAGCCUGUCCUGGAACUAGCUCUUGUAGACCAGGCUGGCCUUGAACUCACAGAGAUCCAUCUGCCUCUGCCUCCCAAGUGCUAGGAUUAAAGGCGUGCACCACCACUGCCCAGCUAGAAAACUAAAUAGAAGGGCUUUCCAGAAGGUCAAAUGAAGUAAAUGCAGUUCAAAUAAAGUACAUUAGUGAUAAGAGCAAUAUCUGAGGGAAAAAAAUCCUACUUAGAAAUAAAGAUAUUGUAAGUUUAACAACUGGCCAGUGGUAGCUACUACAGAGAUUAAUCAAUUAUAGAUGGUUAUGUAAGGUGUUAAUCUGCUUAAGUC